UGCAGCCACAAAAAGCACAGUGCCUUCCCACGGUGUCAGGGGAACGAGAGCUUUUGCAGAAAAGUCCUGAUACAAGCCCACCCUAGGUGUGCUUUGGGGUUGUAUAGCUCAAGACAUGACUGGCCUGGCAAGCGAAGUCGGUCACCUCAAGAUUCGAGCGUGCUUGCUGCUGCUGGCGUGCCUAUGGCAAUGGACACAGCAAACUCUGGCAACACCGUGCCAGGAUGGUGAACUGAGAAUAAUCGGUAAAGAUGAAAAGAAAUGCUGCCCCAAAUGCAGCUCAGACGCAGGAGACAACAGCACGUGUCAAAAUGUUGAGGACCCUGACUGCAAAUGUCGUCAGGGAUACAGCUGUAGUGAUAGCGAAUGUCUCUACUGUGAAAAACUGCCUGAGUGUGCAGAAGGCGAGGAGCUGGUUAAGCUUGGAAUUUUAGACUUCAUAUUCAAAUGUAAACCGUGCGAGAUUGGAACCUAUUCUAAUGUUAAGAAUGGCUGGUGCCGUAAUUGGACUGAUUGUGAAAGUUCGGGGUUUCUAACAAUCAAGCAAGGCAACAGUACACAUAAUGCAGUAUGUGGUUUCCCUUCUAAAGAUGUGGAGCAAGUUCCUGUUGCGAAAGAUUCUCUAUAUACCACCAUCCUGGCCAUCCUUACUGCAGUGGCUGUAUUUGUUCUCAUCUUGCUGACUUUCUUCUUGCAUUUCUGCAUAUGGUCUCUGAAGAAGGAAAAAUAUCACACGGCUGAUGGCUGCCGGGGGCUCCACAACUGUCACACCAUAGAGAAGAGACUUACAGCUGCCAGUUUCCAGAAGAAGAACAUGGAGACAAAACACCAGAAGAAAAGCCUUGCUUUUUCCACCCUCAGAGUCCAUAAUGAAAACAGCUCAAUUGCAAUAUGCUGUGAGAAUGGGAAGCCGAGCUCAGCUUUUCAAGGAAAAAAGAAGGGAGGGGCUGGGUGCGUAAAGCAUCGUUAUAUAGAUAGCAGCAAGGAAUGGCUUUGGAGGGAGUUUCGCUUUGUUUCUUCUCAACAAACCUAGCGUUUAGAAACAGAAAAACUGCUAAGUCAAGCUGACAUUCUGUUCAGCUGCAUUGCAUUAUUGCAAGUUUCCUGGGUUGUUGGGUUGGGGCUUUUGUUUUCACUGAUGCUCUCUUCAACAGUGUUUGGGACCAAGGACCCUUCUUGUCAUUAUUCCGCUUUGCAUCUUCUGCACAUGUCUCUGUGAUGCUCCCACAGAUUGAUACGCACGUAGAAGGCUGGCGUCCCGCUGCAGGAAAUACAGUAGUUCCUACAGGGCACUCUCACAGCUUUCGCAGGCUCUCUGUAUUUCCAAGAUGUGUCCUGAUGCUCAUAUUAAGGGAAUAAGGCAUUGUGCCUAGCAACCCUAUCUACUACUCUUCCCUGAGCAGACGGUGCCUUUCACUCAUGCCAAAUGGCUCUCUUUGCUGUGCAGCAGAAGGCCAUCACUCUUCACCCAUGAAAUCCUCUCUCCAGUCUCGACAGAAGGUGUUGGUUUGGCCAGUCUCGGUUCACAGAAGUGCCAGGGUGAGACUGCCAUGGCCGCAUCACUUGUGCUUGCAGAGGUUUUCGUAUGCAAGUUCUGUGAUCCCCUCGUCCCCUCCAGGGAAGUUAAGGGGAGAAGGGAGUAACGUUUAUCCUCCUCCUCUUCUAUAACUCGGCAAUCCUGGGUACUUGAAAUACUGACUUACAAAAGGAAGACUUCUAACGCACUCAAAUGAGAAUCACACUGUUUAGAGAAUGACAUUUGGUUUAAUGCUCUCGUCUAACCUAGUUUAUAGAGGGGGAAAAGACAGUGGAAAACAGAGAAAAGCCCAGCAUUUGUUCUUCAUGCUUUUUUCCCUCACCCCAGAACAAAAAGAACCAGAGCAUCUGCUGGUGUGUACCAGCAUAGCUCCAGUGACUUCAUCAUCACUGGAAGAUGUUUUCCCUUACUGAAAUUCUACCAUGGAGGAUUUUCGUUAAUGUUGAUUUAGUGGUCCUCCAGUUUCAGAGCUCUAACGUGGCUAGAAUUAAUUCUUUUGCCCCAAUUUAAAGGGGCAGGGUUUCAGCUAGAGUUGGUUGCUUUCUGUGAAUUGACGCCGAUUUCAAAUAAUCUCGCCUGUGGCUUCAACUAGUUAAAACUCAACGUGUCUUUUUUUAUAUAAUUAUUUUUGUGUUCUGUGACUGCAGUAAUAGCUUCAAAGCUCUGAAUGCUUUCUGGUUUGUCCUUCUGGUGAAAGCUGCUUAGAGUAGACUCUUUUAUGACCGAAUCAGCUCUGGCCAAAAAUGGGUUUUGACUCGGCCUUCACAUGAAAUGUUAUAAAUAUCUGACAGUACAGCCAUUACAUCAGCUUCCUCAUGAUUUCUUAGAGAUAACCUAAACUGUACAGGGCUUCUAAAUUAAAUCCUAACAGAAUAAUGAAAUUUCUGUUAAUCACCUUACUAAAUGCUCAGAGGGGAUUAUUCCAAGUCUGAAUGACAUGCUGUUUUAAGUAGGGCUCUGUGAAAUUACAGUAGCUGCAGAGCAGAAGUUAUUGCCUCCACAGACGUGUGUUGCGAAAGCACUUGAACAGAGAAUCCUCGGAAGUGGGACAGGUUAUUCCCUUGGUAAGCAAGUCACAUAUCCUCUCUGCUCCCAGACAGGCUUGGUGAGACUGGACGACGACCUACCCGUUAGACUUCCAUUGAGGUGACUCCAUGACCUCCCUAGGGAAUCCAGUGCUGUGACUGAUUUCAAAUCAGAGGAGAAGAGAUAAUUUGUUGGUUAAAAUAUACAUUAUCCAUUAUGAUGGAUCUAUCCUUGUUUUCUCUAGACUCUUAUCCUGCUUCACAGGCUGUGGUUUCUAGUACUCUUAGUCUCUCUAAGCUCUCUCCAGAUGGUCUUUCUCAAAGCCUUCUCUGGAGGAGGUCUUGGCAAGCUUGAGUAAAGCCGAAGGAUCAAUUUUGUGAUUCAUGGACAUGGUUUUAUUGCUGAACAUUUCUUCAGUGAUUAUGUCAAGAGGAGUUAUCCUGUCUUUUUUGCUUUGUGCCUUUUUUUAUUUUUGUGCAUUAUAGAAUCUUGUAACUGGGUGAAGUAAUUGUAAGGAAAAAUGAAGUGCAAGGGGUUAUCCUUAUUCACUAUAAUGUAUUCCUCCAUAGUCCCAGUUUCAAUCUUCAAGCUUCUCUGUUAUUGUGUUUCCUGCAAGAGACAUCCCUAUACCUUCUUUGAUCCUCUUAUUGUUAAUUCUUGUGUUACUGAUAUAAUUUUUCGCAUAGGUAUCCCUAUGUGAAAUUCACUUACAGAGUGAGUUUUCCUCCAUUGCUUUGAGUAAUGUGCAGAUUUUUAAUGGAGGUGAACUGGAGGUUCAGCCAAGGAAAGGUGAAAGCAUUGGAUUGGAUUAAAAAGGAUCACUUUUUUAAAGUGUAAGACUGUCACUGUCUUGUAAGGAGUUUCUCUGUGGGAUUUAAUAUACUCAGAAGUCUAAACACUGGCUAGUAAAGACACUGCUCCUUCUAUGUUGGCCAUGUGUAGUCCCGGCUCUGUAUUGACCCUUCUCGUUUUUUUAGUUUUCAACAAGAUUUCUGACUGUAACCUUUUGUAAAGGUAAAAUAAACUUGAAAAUUGA